UAGGAAGUGCAAAUGUCAGAAGCGGCUAGUUCAACGCUGAACAAGCUCGACAAAACAUCCAACUUGGAGACGACUGUCAGGGGAUUAAAACGUUAAAUUCCCGAUGUUACAGACCAUAUAAUUGGUUGUUUAGACCCUUCGUCUGAGUUCUCGACCGUAUUGUGAAUCUUGUUUUUUCAACUUUCCCCCCCAAAACCGCCUGCUGUUAAAGCGGCUGCUAGCUUGAAGUUUGCUGCAGUUUGUCUUUGUCUCGGAAUCACAGUCAGUUCAUGUUAUGGGAGAAAAGGAAAUAAGUCUCAUUGACAAGAAUAUUUCAAGUUUACUUACGGUUCCCUUGCAUCCCUCUGCAACGUCCCUCAUCCUGCACUGCAACAAGAUCCCGAGGAUCGAGGGCCUGACCUCGGCAUGGCACCUGAGACACUUGGACCUUUCCUCCAACUGCAUCUCCAAGAUGGAGGGUCUCAGCGCUCUCACAUCCCUGCGGACUUUGAAUUUAUCCUGCAACACAAUAAGCAGGGCCGAGGGACUGGACGGACUUGUCAGUUUAACCCGCUUGGAUUUAUCCUUCAAUCAGAUUAAUGACCUUGCCGGUUUGUUGCAUCUUCACGGCCCGGGAAGCAAGCUGAAGUACCUCAGUCUCCACAGCAACCACCUGGGCAGCAUCGACCACCUCCUGCAGUGCCUGCUGGGAUUGCAAGGUCUAAGAGAGCUCCUUUUGAGCCGAGACGGCAAAGAUAACCCGCUGUGUCGGUCAGCAGGAUAUCGGGAGAUGAUCAUGCAGUCGCUGCCUCAAGUGUUGGCUCUGGAUGGCCUGGACUGGCAGGGGAAUCUAUGCCCCUCACAGGCUGACAGUCUGUGUGACAUUCCCGGGCUGGAGAACUACAUGGACCUCCUCUUCUCGUCAGAUGCGGAUGCUCCUCUGGCCACACCGGGCAUCAGUGCAGCUCUGGAGGUUCCAGCGGCUCCGCUCCAUAGGCAGCUCGGCCAGCACGUCCGCAUCGUCGCUAAUGAUGGAGCACUUAACGAAGAACGGGUGAAGAAACUGGAGCAGCAGGUGUCCCGCCUCAUUCUGCAGGCUUCUACAAGGCACAAGUCAGAUCUCCCAAGCAAAAAACUACGGAAAGCCGGGAAGGACGCGGACCACACGUCGGAGAGCGAUUGCGACAGUGCCAAGGAAAACUGCGGUCGCCGCACUGGGAUCCCCAAAUAUCGUAAAAGCGCAACGACAAGGAGAUCAGACAGCGAUCAGGAGAAUCUCAAGCAGAAGAGUUCAAAGUCCGCUGUCGGGCCCAGAAGGUCCCUUUCCACGAGCAAAGCGGGCACGGUGGCGACAAGGAGGGUGCCGCCAAGAGCUUCAAGCGACGUGAAAUCCAAGUUCAGUGAGGAGGAAACCUACAGGGCUAUAGUGGAGGAGCGCGACCAGGAGAGGGAGAGGCGCUGGAAGGCAGAGCAGGCUGUCGUCAAGCUCACAGAGGAACUGAAGUGCCUGAAGACCAAAGCCGGUGAAGAGAAAGACCUGCAGAGUUUGGCCAUGCACACCACAGACAGGCUGAAAGACUUGUUGCUGAAGGAGCGAUCGGGACGCUGUGAGCUCCAGACACGUGUGGAGGAGCUGCAGGGCAGGUGCGGGUCUCUGACGCAGCAGCUGCAACAGGCCCGCGGCGGCGAGGAGCAGCAAAAGAAUUCACUGCGCAGACUGGAGGAGAAGAUCUCCCAGGGAGAGGCAUGGCGAGCUCAAGAGAUGAAGCGCCACCAGGAGCUGGAGAACAAGGUGGCGGCCCUGAAGCAGGAGUUAAACAUCCAGAGAGCCAAUGUGUGCCAGCACAGGGAAAAAGUGCAGCAGCUGCAGGAACUGCUGGCAAACAGAGAACAAGAGCACAGGAAGCAGCUGGAGAUGCGGCUCCAGCCGGGCGGGGCCGACUUCCUCGCAGCGGUGGCGAAAGAAGUGGCGUCCCAGAUCCAAACGCACAAUCAGAGGGAGUCGCAGCUGAAGGAGACGCUGGAGGAAGGCAAGCUCGCGUACGCAGCCCUGGAGAAUGAAUUCCGCAUGGCGCUGACCAUCGAGGCUGCGCGCUUCACUGAGGUGAAGAAGGCGUGUGAUCAAACGAGCGCAGAGCUCUCGGAGCUCAGAGUGACGCUGGCUGACUCGCAGCUGAAGGAGAAGAAAUCUGCCUCCCUGGUGCAGGAUCUCACAGCCAUGGUCAAAGAGCAGAAGAGCCGCAUUUCAGAGCUCGUCAAAACCAAGAGGGACACCGUAACGGAGCUGAAGAGGCACGCUCACGCUCUGGAAGCUGAGCUGGAUCAGGACCGCCACCUGGGCCUUCAGGUGGAGAUGCUGAAGAAAGAGAAGGCUCGGCUGUCGUCUCAGCUCACGGCACAGGAGUCUGUCAUGGAAGGCCUCAGGGCAGAGAGAAAGCUUUGGGGGCAAGAGCUCGCUCAGCAAGGAGCAUCCCUAGCUCAGGACCGUGGACGCCUAGAGGCCAGGGUAGAGGCGCUGGGCGCCGAGCUGGAGGCGCAGAAGAAGCAGACUGAGAGGGACAGUGACGCCCUCAGAAUCAAAGGCAAAAUCAUGGAGGAUCAAACGGAAACCAUCCGCAAGCUCAAAGAGACCCUGCAGGAGCGUGAGGAGCUGAUCCGAAAUCUGCGCGAGGAGGAAGCCCAGGCCAAGAAGACAUUGCAGCUGCAGCUCCAAGAGGAAGCGUCUCGGUUUUCGGAUAUGAGAGAACGCGUGGAGCACCUCAGCCUACGCAAGGAGGAGCUGAUGCAGCAGUUGGACGACAAGGAGGUAGAGAUGGAGGAGGUGCAACGAGUUCACAGCGAGGCCAGUCAAAAGUGGCAGGAGAAGGCUGACCUCCUGACUCAGCUGGAGAGCCAAGUGAAGCGCAUGAAGGACAACUUUGACGUCAAGGAGCGCUCGCUCCUGGAAGAGAGAGACAAAGUGACGGAAGCGCACAGAGCCGCGACGGAGAAGCUACGCUGCAUGGACGACGCCUUUCACCUGCAGCUGGAGUCUCUGCAGGCCGCCCAUCAAGCCGAGCUGCUUCAGCUGGCCAAUGACAAGCACAGCCGGGUAGAAGCAGCCAAUCAGAAGGUGUUUGAAGUGGAGGAGGAGAUGCGUCAACUGCUGCUGGAGACGGAAACCAACAAGAGAAUCACAGAGGAGAAAAUGAAACGUCUUACUAGCGCACUCAAAGACUUCAGCUCAUGAAUUCAAUUUCACACAUGGCCAUAUUUGGAGUAAAUGUUUCCGGUGUAGCUGAAAUUUUAAAAUGUAUAUUUUUUCAAUAAGGCAGUUCAUAAAGUAAAUUAUAUUGCAUUAAUUAUCAUUUUGAAUGUUCAUCAAUUCAUUUUCUACCGCUUUUCCUCACAAGGGUCACGGGGGGUGCUGGAGCCUAUCCCAGCUGUCUUUGGA